ACAGUUCCGUUCAUUUAUGAACAGGACAAUGAAAGCUUCGGUUUAUACCUGACUCUAUUGAUCAAAGCCGAGCGUGCGCUGGUGCCACAUCGUGCGUAUUGGUAGAAAACUGACUGCUAAAAUCCUUAUAAAACUGAUGUUAUUGAAGUUAUUACUUACUUGUUUCCAGUCUUCAUAAUAAACCGGAUACAUUUGUUAUCAUUGUCAAAAUGACUAAGGUUGAAAAUUGGAGUUUUCACGUUUACGAAACAGUUUGAAUCUGACGCUCCAACAUGAAACAAGAAGUCACCAGCCUAAUUUGUGUAAUAUGCCUUUCAGUGGCCUACUGUUGCGUUUUCCCGAAAUAUCUCCAAGGUACCACGUGGCAUAAAAACAUCCGUCGUUCUACGCGCAUGGCUAUCUACUUCCGGGAGAAUAUUAUGGAGUACCAACAAGAAAAUACGGAAUUAAAUUAUAUAACGGACGAAUGGGAGGACAGAUGUUAUCAAAUGAAUGAUGUCAACAAAUACAUACUUAUCCAUGAAAAUCAAACAUACUCGUGCAUCAUGUUCAUUAAAAGAAGUGAAUCAGUCAUACAGUUAAAAUACUCGAGCAUUUCAGAGCAAAUCUCAUCAUCUUUGUGUGAAGACAGAUUAUUAAAACUUGACACAUGGCCGCUUGUUUCAUUUGAAAAAUCUAAAAAAGAAUUCCAAACGUGUCCGUUUUCUGGUGGAUAUAAUAUGAAAAUAAAAGACAAUACAGGGACUGAUCAUCCGUGUAAUUUCAUGGAUCUACCAAUGAGAUUUGAAAGUGAAUGUCACAAAGGUGAAGGAAUAACUAUUGAUUUUCGAACAAACCAUUGUAUAGGUGAUCUUCCCAUGAGUCAAAGAGAGCAAGCACUUUGCGUGACAUCAUGGAGGCAAGAUGGCGACGUACUUACAAUUUUAAGAACUCUAGAUUCUGGCAAGUUUUGGUGCCUUCGUAUACCAGCAAGGCGAAUAUUUGACGGAAAAACUAUUAUGAUAUUAUACGUCGACCUGACCUGCAGUGGAGAAAAAGACAGUCUAUAUUACAAUUUGGAACUAGAAUUGGUCAGUCAGAACAGUCUGUGCCUAGAUGAACAUAAUGGUUGCAACAGGCUCCCAUGCACUGAUUACUUCACGUCUCAGUGUUUAAGAUCUUGUGGGCAAUGUGACCCUAAUGUGUAUCCAACAUCUUGUGAUUAUCCGAGAAAGAUUCGUGGAGAAUGGUUUCUGAAUGAUGCAUUUGGACAAAGUACUGUCAAUGUAUCAGGAUCGCGGUUAACAUACGAGCGGGUAGGAACAUUCAGUUGUGUGACAUUUCCUGAUUCUCCUCCUUCACGAAAAACAAAACGCUUUACGACAGUUUCAUUUUUCAAUAAUGGAUGUCGGCCACGUUACACGUGUGCUGCAUUUCAGCGAAUAAGUUCAAAUGUUUAUGGUUUUGCCUUAAGUCAAAGCAAAAUUUGGCCCUUGCCGACAGGUCACGAAAAUAUAUGGUCAGAUAUAUGUAACACAGACAAUUUUUAUGGUGACCCCGAACCUGUUGGAGACACAUUCCGCACAUUCAAUAAUGCAUUCAAACCUAUGGUAACAAAAUCUAAACCAGUUACUGAAAUUCAAUGUCCAUUGGAUGCAAGUUAUUUAUUUAAUGCUACUUUUCAGACUGGUGGUACAUGUGCUGGUCGAUUGUUCAAAAUCUGCCAGGAGCAAUCUCAUAUUCAGCUACAGUAUGAAAACUGCCCAUUUACAGAACAUCAGUUUCAAGACUUUAAUUGUAUAGGUGUAAUAGACAGCAAAUACUGGGAACGUAUUAUCUUGUUGCAAAACAGGCUGCAUUUUCAGAACACCAGCUGCUUAAUAUUGUCUGACGUAGAACCAGGACGUGUUAUUCUAUUGCCGUCGGGAGAAUGUGAUCAAUUUACAUGGACGUACGUCAAUGUUGGCAUUCGUAAUGCUACAGUUGACAUGAUUGUAACUCCUGAGAUUCAAACUUGUAGAAACGUAGAAACAACAACACCUGCUGUUGAUUUACACAAACCAAAAACUACUGCUCAAGCCCGUUUUAAACCAUUGCAAGAUGCUUAUAUAAGUGAGCGUUACAGUAAAACUCAUGAAACUGACAUAAAUAAAAGUGCUAAAAGUACUCACAAACAUCGCCAUCAGAACCAUCAGACAACAUCGCCGUCCAGUGUGUACAAAGUCGCUCAGAACGAUCACUCUGACAAGGCCAUGAAUACCUUUGUAUCAUCAUCGUCUACCAUUUAUUUAAAUCUCAUUAUUUAUAUUAUUUGUAUGGUUUCUAACAUAUUUACAACUAUUUCAUUAGCAAAUUAAAUUAUUUUUCUACCUUUUUCAGCGUUUCAUUGAGAACGAAAA